CACGAUUGUGUCACUGCACUCCCGCCUGGGUAGCAGAGUGAGACCCUGUCUCAAGAAAAAACAAACAAAAGCUAUUUCCCUUAAGCCACUGGCUUAGGGCUGGCUGUAAUUGAACAUGUGGCCUCUCAUCCAAGUUCAUUUUAAUCUGUGGUAAUCAGACUAAUAACCUCGCAGUAGAAAAUCCACCAGUGAGCUCAGCGGCACAAACUCACAGCCCAGCAACGUUUGCAGAGGGGAAGGCCCAGAAUGCUUGGAGGCUUCAGGAUCCAUCCUUCGCAGAGAGAAUUCUCAUGGGGGAGGGAGAACCUCGAGGCUCCUUGGGACUGAGGGGAGCAUCCUCAGCAUGAUGUUCGCACGUACGCCGGGGACUGGGUGGUGACACCAUGCAUGCCCACGAGGGUGGGGAUCUUUGUGGAGUUCACCGAUGGAUCCCAAAGGCCCAGAACGGGACGGCACGCUUUUCUGCGAAAGGCCCAGAACGGGACGGCGCGCUUUUCUGCGAAAGGCCCAGAACGGGACGGCACGCUUUUCUGCGAAAGGCCCAGAACGGGACGGCGCGCUUUUCUGCGAGGGGUCAGAGUAUGUUUCUGGCCGUGUGGGGCGUGGGAUGUCUUGUGCUGCUGUGAAGCCGCUCACUCUGCUGUCGUGCUGAAAAGCAGGCUCCUUAUUUGUGGACACUGACAUUUGAGUUUUAUGUAAUUUUCUCAUCAUGAAAUGUUGUUCUUUUGUUAUUUUUCUGUUUUAAAAUGUAAAACCCAUUCCUGGCUCACAGGCUGCAUAGAAGCAGGUGGAGAGCUGGGCUGGGUUGUGGGCCCUUGCGUGCCACCCCCUGACCUAGAGUGUGUUUGCCCUGGGAAGGAAUAAGACGAGGUUGUGUAGCGAGGCAGUGGCUGAAUGGGGAGAGGCCUGGGCCCUGCACAGAGGAGCUGAGGUGUGAGGCUGCCUGCGAGGGAGGUGGUACUAGCAGGCUCUCUGGGGAGGCUUGAUACCAGGCUUGGUACUAGCAGGCUGUCUGGGGAGGAGGCCCUGUGGGGGAACAGCGCUGGCCUUAGCCACAGAAGGGCUUGGCAGCCAUGGUCUUCCUGCUGCAGCCUGUGUGGUUUUGGGAGGGAUGCACAGAGCAUUGGGGGACAAAGAGACGGCCAGAUCAGAGUGUGUGUGGCAGAGGGGCGAUGCCUCCCUUCAGAGCCAUGGGCGCCAGCGUACUUGGUGAGAGGCCAGGUCCCAGGUGAGGGGGUGGGCCAAGGGCGAGUCAGGGAGGGAGAAGCCUCAGGAUGCGGAAGGGCGAGACGAGAGCAGGGUGAUGAGGGCGGGGCCACAGAGAGGCGCCCUGGUGGGACUUCUGGUAGUAUUCUUGGGGAGAAAGAUAACGGAAGUGAGGAGGGUUCAGCUGUGGAAGUGCUGGGAUGACUGAUCCGAGUGACCAUGGCCUAGACGGGGUUUAAACCCUGGACUGAAGAAAGUGCCGGUGAGAGGUCAAGGCAGGAGAUGAAGACCUGAGGGUGACAGGUGUCCCUGGCACUUCCUACCCCCGCCCUGGGAGAUGGUCCCCAGGGGCACCUUCACUGGGGGCUGGCCCUCAUGCACACCAGCCAAAACCCCUGCCCACCUUCUGGGGGCUUCUGGAGCAGAGCAGAGGCCCCGCGGACCAUGAGGAUGGCUGCAAGGAGGGGACGUGUGAAACACUUGCCGAGUGCAGGUGCCCACGCAGCCAGGAGCUUGCCUGUAGGGCUUGUGUCUGACACCUGGGAGAUGAAUUUCAGUCUGACGGUGGAUCUGGAUCUAGAUGGCUUGCUUGGGAUUCAGCAGCGAGUGGGAAGAGACCGCACUUGAGGAUGGGCUUAGGUGAGGGUUUGGAACAUGCUUGAAGAGUUUGGCAGGCAAGGAUUUGGUCAUAGCAGGUGGAUCACAUCGUGUAUUGGGAGGGUUUUGCUAUUUUUAUCCUAAAGACAUACUUGUUUGCAAACCUUUAUUUUGGAACAGUUUGAGAUGUGUACAUAUGUGGCAGAGAGAGCGUAGGGAGUAGCCCAGUUUCUCCUGUUGUUGACAAGCCGCCUGACCGCAGUUCCGGCACAGCGUUAGGCAUGCCCGGCCGACUCAGCAGGUGAGCUGUGUCACGAAAUCAGUGAUUCUGCUCUGAUAAAACGGAAAGUCCACGGAAAGCACUUUCGUUGUAUUUUGAAGUUGGUGAUUGUUGAGGGAUUAUUUGAGUUGCUAGUUGAACUAGCUGCUUUUUUCAUGCAACACUGUAAAAGAAUAAUUGACAAUUUAUUGACAUCUCUCACUAAAUGAAUGAAGUUAGCCUGUCACCUCAAAUAAGUCAACUAACAGUGUUUGUUGUCAGUGGUAAAGUUUGAGCUGUCAGGUAGAGUUGGAAUUUUGGAAAGUUUGUCUCUGCCACCGUGAGCCCGAGAGCACCCAGUAAAGAGGAUGCCAGUGCUAGUGCUGACAAACUGUAUGCUUUGGAUAUUAGAGACUGCACAUGCGCAAGAGCUGCCUAAUUCGGUGAACCAGCAUUUUCCAGACGAUUGAUGCAGGAUCAUGCCUGGGUAAAAGAUCCGUUUACAGUACAAGUCAAGCCAGUGGAUUUUAAAGCCAUGAAGUGCAGAAGCUCAUGGAUACAGUUCAGAUUCCACAUUGCAAACAGCCUUUAAGGAAAAAUAACACACACUUGUUGCAUCUUGGUGUGGUGUUAAAGAAAAAUCUCCACAAUGAUCUGAAGAGGCUCUUAAAAUACUUUUCCCUUGUCUAACUGCAUCUCCUUGUGAGGCUGCAUUUUAUUUUUUUUGUACUUUUUGUAGAGACAGGGUUUUGCCAUGUUGCCCAGGUUGUUCUGGAAUUCCUGGACUCACAGAAUCUGCCCCCCGGGCCUCCCAAAGUGCUGGGAUUACAGGCAUGAGCCACUUUGCCUGGCAAGGCUGCAUUUUUGUCACAUGCGUCGACCAAAACAACGUAUCACAGCAGACCACAAGUGGAAGCAGAUCUAGUUGUUUUCAAUUAAGCCAGGCAUUAGAGCACACGUUUGGAGGGCCGUCUUAAAGAACAAGCCGUGUUGCCUGAAUGAUGCCAAGAAUAAGUGGAAGCCAUCGGGAGGAGUGUUCUUGCUUCUUUCUGAUUUCCUGCUUAUCUAGUAUCUAAUCAGUCAUUUCCAGUCUUCUUUCCUGUUAUUCCCCAUCUCAUUCUUGUACGCUCCACUUCAGACUGAUUUAGGGCAAAAGAAACUUACAUCCCAAGAGGAUUUGACUAAAUGGAAUGAUUAAUUUCUUGGCAGUUUCCUCGUUUCUGGAGAUUUAGCUUUUUACCAGGUGACCAAAAGCCAGCCCCUCUUCGAGUGGAACUCUUGCGUGUUGACCGGCCACUCUCCUGUGCUCUGGAUGAUGUCUGAACACGACCUGGCGGAUGUGGUUCAGAUUGCAGUGGAAGACCUGAGCCCUGACCACCCAGGUACAGAGCUGUGGGACAUUGUUUUGGAGAAUCAUGUAGUGACAGAUGAAGACGAACCUGCUUUGAAACGCCAGCGACUAGAAAUCAAUUGCCAGGAUCCGUCUAUAAAGUCAUUCCUGUAUUCCAUCAACCAGACAAUCUGCUUGCGGCUGGAUAGCAUUGAAGCCAAGUUGCAGGCCCUGGAGGCCACUUGUAAAUCCUUAGAGGAAAAGCUGGAUCUGGUCACGAACAAGCAGCACAGCCCCAUCCAGGUUCCCAUGGUGGCCGGCUCCCCUCUUGGGGCAACCCAGACGUGCAACAAAGUGCGAUGCGUCGUCCCCCAGACUACAGUAAUACUCAACAAUGAUCGGCAGAACGCCAUUGUAGCCAAGAUGGAAGACCCCUUGAGCAACAGGGCACCGGAUUCCCUGGAAAAUGUCAUUAGCAACGCUGUGCCUGGGCGUCGGCAGAACACCAUUGUGGUGAAGGUGCCGGGCCAAGAAGACAGCCACCAUGAAGACGGGGAGAGCGGCUCGGAGGCCAGCGACUCGGUGUCCAGCUGCGGACAGGCGGGCAGCCAGAGCAUUGGGAGCAACGUCACCCUCAUCACCCUGAACUCAGAAGAGGAUUACCCCAAUGGCACCUGGCUGGGCGACGAGAACAACCCCGAGAUGCGGGUGCGCUGCGCCAUCAUCCCCUCCGACAUGCUGCACAUCAGCACCAACUGCCGCACAGCCGAGAAGAUGGCGCUCACACUGCUGGACUACCUCUUUCACCGCGAGGUGCAGGCCGUGUCCAACCUCUCCGGGCAGGGCAAGCACGGGAAGAAGCAGCUGGACCCGCUCACCAUCUAUGGCAUCCGGUGUCACCUUUUCUAUAAAUUUGGCAUCACGGAAUCCGACUGGUACCGAAUCAAGCAGAGCAUUGACUCCAAGUGUCGCACGGCGUGGCGGCGCAAACAGCGGGGCCAGAGCCUGGCGGUCAAGAGCUUCUCGCGGAGAACGCCGAACUCAUCUUCCUACUGCCCCUCAGAGCCAAUGAUGAGCACCCCACCUCCCUCCAGCGAGCUUCCACAGCCACAGCCGCAGCCGCAGGCCCUGCACUACGCGCUGGCCAACGCUCAGCAGGUGCAGAUCCACCAGAUCGGAGAAGACGGACAGGUGCAAGUAAUCCCACAGGGACACCUCCACAUCGCCCAGGUGCCGCAGGGGGAGCAAGUCCAGAUCACGCAGGACAGCGAGGGCAACCUCCAGAUCCAUCACGUGGGGCAGGAUGGUCAGGUGCUGCAGGGCGCACAGCUGAUCGCCGUGGCCUCCUCGGACCCCGCGGCGGCGGGCGUGGAUGGAUCGCCGCUCCAGGGCAGCGACAUCCAGGUUCAGUACGUGCAGCUGGCGCCAGUGAGCGACCACACAGCCGGGGCGCAGACGGCCGAGGCCCUGCAGCCCACGCUACAGCCGGAGAUGCAGCUCGAGCACGGGGCCAUCCAGAUCCAGUGAGCGGUGCCCGCGGCACGAGGAGCGCCCGGCACCAGGAGCCCCUCGCUGGCUCCGCCCAUGGCCCGGCCCCCAUGCGCCCUGCUCUCUCGGCCUCAGCACAGGCAGGGCUGCGCGGGUUCUGCUGAAGUGCGUCUGAAGGCUGCUGCCUCCGCGGGGAAGAGCGCCCUAUCAACUGAAAGAGCACCGCCGCCGCCCCCAGCCGGAGACCUUCGUUUGAGUCACGCUGUUGGUGUCGGAGGACGGAGGGGAGGCACAGUGCGGAGAGCGUCGCGUAUGCGCGGGAAAUCAAGAACUAUGAUAUUUUUCUGUUUAAACAGCUUUUUUUAAUUUGCUAUGGUGUUUAUAACAAAAAAGAAAAUUUGAAAAAAAAAAUCCCAGGGGAGUAGCAGGAGCCCUUUGCUGUGUGCUCUGUCCGCUGUCAUGAGACAGGAGCCCUUUGCUGUGUGCUCUGUUCAGUGUCAUGAGGCAGGUGUUUGCAAAGCCAGCUCUCCGUUCCGGUGGGGUAUUGCUGACCUACUUUUCUAGGGGAAAUGCUCUCAAACACUGUAAUUAUGCAUUUCUAAUUAAAUAAAAUGUAUUUAUGACCACAA